UGUUGAGAGCAAAAAGCAAUGGCCUUAUUAGAAGAUCAUCAUCAUCUUUCAUCAUCAAAUGAGUUUUCCAACUUCGUUGUGUAUGAUACUAUUUCUGCAACCCCUUUUAGCAGCCAUGGAAGUUCAUCUACUUCUUUCUUGGUAGAAGAAAACAAGGUGGAAGAGUAUGGAGAGAGGACAGCAACACGAAAACGGCAAUCGGGUGAAGCAGGGCAAGGGAAGAAGAAGAGAAGGAGAAAGCCAAGGGUAUGCAAGAACAAAGAAGAAGCUGAGAAUCAAAGAAUGAUCCACAUUACUGUUGAAAGGAACAGAAGGAAGCUGAUGAAUGAGCAUCUUGCUGUUCUUCGCUCACUCAUGCCUGAAUCCUAUGUCCAAAGGGGUGAUCAAGCAUCAAUAGUAGGUGGAGCUAUAGAGUUUGUGAAGGAGCUAGAGCAGCUGUUGCAGUGUCUUGAGGCUCAAAAGUUGAAGCUUGUACAUCAAGGAAUGGCAGCACAACAAUCCAACAAGAAUAACAAUGAAGAUGAGUUGAUGAUGAUGAUGAUGAUGGUGAUGGGAUCAGCCCCUUUUUCCCAUUUCUUUGUGCAUCCUCAGUUCACUUGGUCUCAGGCUCCAAACAAAUAUGCUUCCCAUCACAACAAAACUAACAAUAAUAAUCAAGCAGCCAUGGCUGACAUUGAGGUUACUUUGAUUGAAACCCAUGCAAACCUCAGAAUCCUCUCAAGGAAAAGCCCCAAGCAACUUUCAAAGUUGCUUUCUGGUUUUCAGAAUCUCUCUCUCACCAUUUUGCAUCUCAAUGUCACCUCCAUGGACCCCUUAGUACUCUAUUCCAUUAGCGCCAAGGUUGAAGAAGAAUGCCAACUUGGUUCUGUAGAUGACAUUGCAAGUGCAGUUCACAACUUGCUUAAAAUGAUUGAAGAAGAAGAUUCCCUUUGCAGUUUAUACGGUGAAGUUACCAAAUCAACCCCCUCUCCCCUUCAAGACUCACUAGAGAAUUCAAACACAGAAUAUUCUCUUAGCUAGCUCUGCUUUUUCUUUUUAAAUUUAUUGUCUGUUUUAAUUAAUUUCUCAAUCAGGUGUGCAUAGUUUUAAGUGUUAAUUAUUCUAAGAACUAAUGUUGUUUAUUAGAGUCCUUCUAAGUACAUGUUUUGAGAACAUUUUGCACCAAACUUGAGAGUGGUUUAAUUUUGGUUAAAAUGUAAAAAAGCAAAGGGGAAAAAAUAAAAGUACU